CUUUUUUUCUUUCUACCAUCUAUCUGUGCUUUCCCUUUGACCUGUUUGUCGUUUCUGUGUUGUUUAUCUCGUUUCUAUGUCUCCGCUGAAGGCAUGGGUGGACUCUCUUUCCCUCAAAGCAGGCAGAAAUUGAAAUCUGGGAAGGGAAUUGAAAGGGACGAAGGAUGCUCUCUGAAACAGAAGUUUCCAGUAAUUUUAUAUGGGUUUUAUGGUGCCAAGUUUGGACAAUUUCUUGUUUCAGUUGAAAACUUGUCACUUUCCUCAGUUCCCACAGAGGUCCUGGGUCCCAAGAGGUCGGAGAAGGGAGGAAGAGGAGGAUAAUAUUUUUGCUUUAUUUUUUUAAAAUCUUGAAGUCAUUUCCAUGACAGCCUCUGGUGUAAUGUUAGCUGUCUCGGGUGAUAAAUGUGAUAGUAGGAUUGGAUCUGUAUCAGGCAAGUGUUUUAAAAAGUUUCUUCGGAAGAGAAAUUACAUGGCUUAGCAUUGAUGUCACGGAUGUAUUAAAUUCAAAGCUUGAUCAACUUUUACAGACACAGACUAAGACUGGAGCAUAAGUCAUUAAAAAAAAAAAAAAGCAACGAGGAAGGUAAAGUCAUGGCGGGAUGGGAGGUAUAAGGUGAGGUUGCUAGAAAUGGUCCCCCUAAGAACGUGUUGCAGAUGGAGACCAUCAUUUCGCUCUCUGCCUUCUCAAAGGAUGCAGCUUCUGCAAGCUAGAAUGACAGUCUCUAAAAUGGAAAUGAAUCUGUAUUUUUUUUUCAAGAUUUGCUCCAAUGCAGAAUGAAUCUAAACUGUGCCCACCCCUUCCUCAUCUGCCUUGGAAUCCAACUCUGCAGUUUACUGCUUUAAGUAAGCAGCAAAGUAGACAGGGCAGGCAGGAAGGCACUUCUUGUUUCUUUUUUUGUAAUUCUGUGAAAAUCAGAGAGCCUUUGAUAUGCUCUUCAGCCUGAGUAGACCCUCUCUUUCAGGACUAUGUUACUCUAGGGCUUGGUGUCUGAGUGGCAUUUCAGCUAAUGUCAUUUUCAUGAAAGACAGUCAUUUGGAAGGCACAGGGGCUGGUUAUGCUUCCUUCAAAUAGCAGAGUGAUCUUAACAUGAGAGACCCUGUCUUCGGGGUUAUGUAGCUCUUCAAGGUUGUCGACCAUGUGUCAAGCUGUGUAAGGAAACUGCCUCGAGAUGGACACUCUGGACUGCUAAUGGGGACAUGGGACGGCAGUUACCUCUGAUCACUUGCGUGGAUUCUCCCGGAGCAGAACGACAGAAGCCGCCAGUCAUUUGCCCAGAUCUACAGCUGGAAUUCUGUGCUGAAGGGUCUAAAAACUCUUUUUAAUUUGGAUCUGGGAGAAUGUCUGAGCAAGGAGGACUGACUCCGACCAUACUGGAAGAAGGGCAGACGGAGCCAGAGUCUGCCCCAGAAAAUGGCAUCCUCAAGUCAGAAAGUCUGGAUGAGGAGGAGAAGCUGGAACUACAGCGGCGGCUGGCGGCUCAGAACCAAGAGAGGAGAAAAUCCAAGUCAGGAGCAGGCAAAGGGAAGCUGACCAGAAGUCUUGCUGUCUGUGAAGAGUCUUCAGCUAGAUCUGGAGGGGAAAGUCACCAGGAUCAGGAAUCAAUUCACUUACAGCUUUCCAGUUUCCCCAGCCUGCAAGAGGAGGAUAAAUCUAGGAAGGAUGAUUCUGAGAGAGAAAAAGAAAAGGAUAAGAGCAGAGAGAAACUCUCUGAGAGACCCAAGAUCAGAAUGUUAUCAAAAGAUUGCAGCCAAGAAUAUACAGAUUCUACAGGCAUAGACUUACAUGGGUUUCUAAUUAACACGCUGAAGAACAAUUCCAGGGACAGGAUGAUACUCUUGAAAAUGGAGCAGGAAAUGAUUGAUUUCAUUGCUGACAGCAAUAACCACUAUAAAAAGUUCCCCCAGAUGUCAUCCUAUCAAAGGAUGCUGGUCCAUCGGGUGGCAGCAUACUUCGGAUUGGACCACAACGUGGAUCAAACUGGAAAAUCUGUCAUCAUCAACAAGACCAGCAGCACCAGGAUACCAGAGCAAAGGUUUUGUGAACAUUUAAAAGAUGAAAAAAGUGAAGAAUCCCAGAAGCGGUUUAUCUUGAAGCGAGAUAACUCUAGUAUUGAUAAAGAAGACAAUCAGCAGAACAGAAUGCACCCAUUUAGAGAUGACAGACGAAGUAAAUCAAUUGAAGAGAGAGAAGAGGAAUAUCAGAGAGUGAGGGAGAGAAUAUUUGCACAUGAUUCAGUUUGCUCCCAGGAAAGCCUAUUUUUGGACAACAGUAGGCUCCAGGAAGACAUGCACAUAUGCAAUGAGACCUAUAAGAAAAGACAGCUCUUUCGGGCUCACCGAGACAGCUCAGGAAGAACUUCCGGGAGCCGGCAGAGCAGCUCAGAGACUGAGCUCAGGUGGCCAGACCACCAGCGGGCUUGGAGCAGCACAGAUUCGGACAGUUCCAACCGCAAUCUGAAGCCCACCAUGACCAAGACAGCAAGUUUUGGGGGCAUCACGGUGCUGACCAGGGGCGACAGCACGUCCAGUACCAGGAGUGCUGGGAAACUGUCCAAAACAGGUUCUGAGUCUUCCAGCAGUGCAGGCUCCUCAGGAUCACUGUCCCGCACCCACCCACAGAGCACGGCCCUGACCUCUAACGUGGCAGCUGGUUCUCCUGGCUGUAUGGCCUAUUCAGAGAAUGGAAUGGGAGGCCAGGUUCCUCCCAGCAGCACCAGCUACAUCCUCCUCCCACUUGAAAGCGCGACUGGCAUCCCACCUGGAAGCAUCCUUCUUAAUCCACACACAGGUCAGCCCUUUGUGAACCCGGAUGGAACGCCUGCGAUAUACAACCCUCCCGGAAGUCAGCAGACACUGCGUGGCACUGUGGGUGGGCAGCCCCAGCAACCUCCACAGCAGCAACCUUCGCCUCAGCCUCAGCAGCAGGUCCAGGCAUCACAGCCCCAGAUGGCAGGGCCACUGGUCACUCAGUCUGUCCAGAGCCUGCAGCCAUCUUCCCAGUCUGUGCAAUAUCCAGCGGUCUCUUUUCCUCCCCAGCAUCUCCUGCCUGUGUCGCCAACGCAGCACUUCCCCUUGAGAGAAGAACUGGCUGCCCAGUUCAGCCAGCUGAGCAUGAGCCGGCAGUCCUCGGGAGACACUCCCGAACCUCCCUCUGGUACAGUCUACCCAGCCUCUCUCAUGCCACAAACAGCUCAGCCACCAACUUACGUCAUCACUUCUGCGGGCCAGCAGCUCUCCACAGGGGGCUUCUCGGACUCUGGCCCGCCCAUCUCCCAGCAGGUCCUGCAGGCCCCGCCCUCUCCCCAGGGAUUUGUACAGCAGCCUCCACCUGCGCAGAUGUCCGUAUAUUACUACCCAUCUGGUCAGUACCCUACCUCAACCACACAGCAGUACCGACCCCUCGCCUCAGUCCAGUACAGUGCUCAGCGGAGUCAGCAAAUACCACAGACCGCACAGCAAGCAGGUUACCAGCCAGUCUUGUCUGGUCAGCAGGGCUUCCAAGGCCUGAUGGGAGUACAGCAGUCAGCACACAGCCAGGGUGUGAUGAGCGGUCAGCAAGGAGCCCCCGUGCAUGGUGGGAUGGUCUCCUACCCAACCAUGUCUUCUUAUCAGGUGCCAAUGACCCAAGGCUCUCAAGCAGUGCCCCAGCAGACAUACCAACCACCAAUCAUGCUGCCCAGUCAGGCAGGCCAAGGGUCACUCCCAGCCACCGGAAUGCCUGUGUACUGUAACGUCACACCGCCAAACCCUCAGAACAACCUAAGGUUGAUGGGUCCACACUGCCCCUCCAGCACGGUUCCCGUCAUGUCCGCUAGCUGCAGAACAAACUGUGGGAACGUGAGCAACGCGGGCUGGCAGGUCAAGUUCUGAGAGCUCGGGCUGCCUGCUGUCCACUUCAUCAGACGUUAACUCACGGCCUUCAAAGGAAGAGGAGACUGACGACUGGCUGAGGACUUCCAUAUACACUCAACGUGCAAACGAUUGCUGCUGGUAUUCUGUACACACUAAUCAAAGACUAAUAUACACAUUAGCUGGUUAAUGGUGCAUAUUUCUGUCAUGUCUGCUAGGUAUGCCUUUCUAGCUUAGCUAGUGACAUGAAUUCAUCAAGGUAAGAUUUUCUCCUACCACUGAAUACCACUGUGUAGAUUACAAUAUCCCUGAUUCGGAUUAGUUUUGUACUUCGUGUUGAGUUUGUGAUGCUAAAAGUAUUUAAAAUAUAUAUAUAUAAACUAAAUCACACGGUACCAAAGCUGUAAUGGAAAAAGGAAAGAGUUAAGGAAUGGAAGGAAUAAUUUAUAUACACUAUAGAGUUUUCUUUUUUAAAUGGAUAUAUAUGGCAUUGUAGUGUUUAAUCCAAAUAAAAGCUUAUUUGACCUUACGGAGGAAGGUCAUGUUUUUA